ACGCCUUCACACUUCAACGGAACCGCCCCACAAUCAGCAUCUCGCUUUUUCUCUUCUGCCGCCCUUUUAUCCGUGCUCAGCCUCGUCAGCCCGCAUCCACCCACUGACACUCCAGAGCUGCCAGCCGCUGCCUUCGCCGUCCUUCAGGACUCCUCAGCGCCGAUGCCGGAGGUUCACGUGGGCACCUCGCAUCAGGAGCAAAGGGUUGUGGGAUACCUCACGUGCACGCACCUCCACGCCAUAGAAGGUGACGCGGCGGUCCGCUGCGAGCAGCUGGACCUGCUGCUCCAGUGGGGGGCCGAGUUUCGCCAAUCCUCAUCCCGACCUCCGGAGGGAGAGAAGGUGCUGGAGGACCUGGUGGCCUUCGAUGUCAUCCUGGGAGACCUCAACUUCGACAACUGCUCAUCAGAGGACAAGCUGGAGCAGCAGCACGCACUUUUCACCCAGUACAAGGACCCGUGUCGCCUGGGGCCAGGGGAGGACAAACCGUGGGCUCUGGGUACUCUGCUGGAUCCCAGUGGCCUUUACGACGACGACGUCAGCUCACCCGAAAGUUUACAAAAAGUGAUGGAGAAUGAGGAGGGCAGGAAGGAGUACCUGGUGUUUCCUCCCAGUAAAAACCAGUGUCCGGCCAGCAGUCAGAAGGGGAGGAAGAUCCCGCUGAAGGGAAACGGGCGCCGCAUCGAUUACAUCCUCUACAGCGACGAGGGCCAGCAGCCGGACUGGAAACUGGAAAUGGAGGAGUUCAGCUUCGUCACCCAGCUGGCCGGCCUCACUGACCACCUGUCUGUGGCCAUGCGGCUGGCCGUGUCCACCGGGGAGGAAGAGCCUUAGAUCGGACCGCCCGAGCUUUUGUUUCUAAAUACUGCCAUGGAGGAUGGACACAAAGAGAGGAGAGGAGUUUGGAGUUAGGGAGCAGCGCGAAAGGAAGAUGGAAGGGAUGGAAAGGAGACGGAUGAAUGGACGGGUGCGCACUCAGAGGACAGAAGAAAGGAGAUGAGAGGGGAAGCAGGGGAGAGAUAUGAAAGAGGAAGCCUCCGGAGAGGAGAGAUAAGCUGGGGGAGUUCAGAUUAGGAAGCCAGAAAGAUACUCAUCUUCCUGGGCAAAUCACCCUCACUUUUACAAACACACUAAAUACUGCGACCAGGGCGGGAGGCCGGCUUUCCAGACUGCUGAGCACGGCCUGGCCUCUCCCCCAAAGCUCCCUGAACUGAAUCCAGAGAGUUUUACGAACAGCAAAGAGUUUCAUGUAGCCAAUACACACACUCCUUUUCUCAGACCUGUUUUAGUUGUAGUGUAAGUAUGGUUUUCUUCUCUCUUUUUUUUUUUUAAAGGAUUCUACCUUCAGGGACAAUUGGAUGCUCAUUGUUUAGUGUUUUAAAGGAAAAUACAUCAUUAGGGUGAGGCGUGCAGCUGCUGACCGGCCUUUACACUGACCGUCUGUGUCCUUGUGUCGUGCUUCUUCCUGAAAGGCUAUCGGUCGGUUUCUGCUAUCAGUCAUUCACCGUACUGCCCCGCGUCAGUCCCAGGAACCUCAACAAGUGUCUUUUUUUUCUAAAAAAAAAAAAAAAAAAAAUUACAAAAUGAAACAAAUCUUUCUAAAAGGAGAAAAGGAAAUUACCGUUUCUAUUGUUGCCACAACACUUUUUAUAUGAUAGGGAGUUUAAAUGCCUGUUUAAUACUAAAUGGUAUGUUUCUAAGCUAUGUUGCAUAAAGGGAUGUGAAACCAGAGGAAGAAGUUGUUUGUUUGAUGCAAUGUGACGCUUACAGCAUGUUUCUAAGCCACGGCUGGUAAAAAAUAAGAAAACCAUUGCUGAUGCAUGAUGGGAUAUGGUUUCCGUUUACAACACUAAUAUAAUGUCUUGAUAACAUGUUGACUUGAGAUUGGAUGCCUCAAGGAGCAUUUUGCCCUGAAACACACACACAUACACGCGCACACACACACACACUUGUGAGUCUGAGUGCCAGCUUGGCAUUAGUGCAUGUGACACACAAAGAUUUUCAUGCAGGGCUUGACGGGACGGGCUAUGGCUCCCUGUGAGGACAAACCUGAGUAGGUUAGAUACAAACAGCGGGAGCUCAUCACUGUGCUGAGAGCGUGUCGAACUGGACUUUCAGGAACAGGAUGAAGUCUGGGCUUUGAUAAAAGACACAACUGUAAAAAACCUCUCUCCUCAGUAAACACCUGCAGGUUUUUAGAAAUAUCAGAAAAUGCACAUGAAGCCCCUCAGAGCGGUCCGCAGCUCUGACAAGCCCACAAACUUCAACACAACACAGUUUGAGGCGUGUUCAGCCUCUGGGCUAGGCAAACUCAGACUCUGGUUUAUCGUUUCAAGCCGUCAGCUUGGAGAAGGAGCUCAUUUAUAUCUUACAUGUAAGCUCCACAAAUGUCGGCUCACUAAUUAUUCUGUGAAAAAUAUCUCAUUUUUAAUUGCUCGUCCAUAUUAUGAUUUAUAUCUCAAAAGUACUUUUUUUUCAUAUGGCUAAGUAUUCUGGCUUGAAGGACUCCAAAAUGCUUGAAAACAGAUCAUUCGUUUUUAAAGUCACCCCAUUUCAACCUCUUAUGUCCUGCUCUGCUGUUUGGAAUAGCAAAUUUUUCAGUGAUUUUAUUAAAAUGUGUUCAAGUAAACCUGCCUGAGCCUUCUCUUCCACUAAUGCUAAAGGGAGUGCAUCGUUUUCCGAUUUUUCUUUGACCAUGAACUGUCAUCUCUGUUCUCUUAGAAAGAAACGCUUUUCCAUUUUUGCUUAGCGAGGUUCUUAAAUGGUAUCAAGUGGUGGUCUAAGAAUCAAAGGAAAGCUCCUGCAGCCUUGAAAUAAUUUUUUUUUUUUUUUAAGAUGCCAUUAGGAAAAGACAAACAACUUCCUUUUAUAAUCAUUCAAGUUGCCUGGAAGCAUUUAAAAAAACAAAUGAUUUAUUUUAUCCUAACGUGUGUAAUCUGUGACGAACAAAAAGAGAAGCUUCAGUCUAAACAGUCUAUCACACAUUAGCCUUAAACCUUUUAAAUAAUGACUCCAGGUAAACCCGAAUUAGCUCCCAAGGCUACAGCGACCCCGGUGAAAACAGGAGCUGGACCUGUGGAAAAAGCUCUGUGUCGAUACUGAACACUUUUACUCAGAUGCAGCCACGUGCAGCUGGAAAAAAACAAACAUUUAUUUGGGCCAAUCUGCUCACAUCGUGAGCUUAUUCAUCAAAUCUAUAAAACUCUUUACCACCAGUUAACUAAACUCAGGUUUUGUUGAUCAAACCAAACAAAGAUGUUUGCUACUUUGAGGAACUAAAACCGACAUGAUAGUAAUCAUGAACAGAGUUCUCCUCAUGUGUAUUUGAGGUUGUCAGAGUCCAAGGAAUGACAACCGUCAGCAAAGGUGGAGAUGGAGAUUCAAGAGCAUCCUCCACUGAUUCCCCAACACAAACCCUCAUCAGGCCGGCAGAUUUGGUUUAAAAAAAAAAAUCUAACCCGAAAUGGUUCAGUACACUAAACUGAGGGUCAGGAAUUUACUUAAUAAAUUGCGCUAGCCCUUUAAUCCCUUUGCUGCUUUUAAAUGAUUUCACACCCGAUUUAUUCAGCAACAGCUCCAAGACCUUUAAGCUCGAAAUGACAUACAAACCUCUCUAAGGUGGCCCACAAAUCUUCUUUUUUUUUUGUGGGGAAUCUGAUCAACACAAAUCUUUUUGUCUUUUUUUAAAAUCAUUAUUUUCAGAUCCAGGCCAUUUUCAUGCGGGGGCCUGAAUCAGGCACAUAUCUGGUGUUUCUCAAAGUGAGCUCAGCCUGAACAUUGAUGUCUCUUUUCGUCAAACGGACAUCACUGAACUCAUAGUUCUGCUCUGGAGCAGCCGGGAGGCGUGCGUCCAACAGGAGAAACGAGCACGGCUUGGCCUUUUGUCGGCGGUCACUGCACAACAGCUUUGGCCGCGCUCAGACUGUGUGAGAGUCCACCCCAAAGCGACGGAGACACCUGCAGUCUGAUGAGCUCGCCUGAUGCAAAAGGCUCUGUUUUCCCGCCCUGCUCCUCAGGCCCUCCUGCAUGUCAGGCCUACCUGCUCCAGCAAACAGGGCGCGGUAGCCCCAGGACCAGGACUGGGAGGCACCGUCCAAGACAAAGAAACCUCUGACGUUAUCCGUCUAAUAGGAUAUUUGUAUUUUUAUCGAUCAGAGUCAAACAAAAAGCCUUAAAACAACGCCUCAGUGGCCGCAGCGCUACUGGAGAAGUCACAAGAACUCACAGUGUUGACGGGACUCAGUGAAUGGGCCGUUUGUGGUGAGGCGGUCCUGGGACCGGGACCUUCAUGGCGGGGGGGGUGGUGGGCUGGUUGUGACCUGUUGGCAGAAAACCAAAAUCCUGCUGUUCGUUCCUAUCCGAACAAAAACGGAAAUAGUUCAGCUUUCCGCACACAGUUUGACCUCUGUAGGGUGAACAAUGAACAAUGUUUACAGCAGUUUUGUAACCCUUUGCCUGUUUUUCGGGAUCCCUGGAGAGGAUUAAGACCUCCAACAAUGUGGAUGAAUCACUGACUUGCACUUUGGGCUCAAACUUUGAAGAAAUGUUGACCUGAACCACAGCUGUGAGACUGUGUGCGUACGAGUGUGGUUUCAGGUUUGACUGAAAACCAGAAACACUGGUUCUUGUUUUUUUUUACCCCACCCCCAGACGGGUCACCUGACUGAUCACAUAUCUGUGUCCUUAUAUGACUCAUGUAUUCUGAUACCUAUGACUAAUAUAUUCUAAUUACUGAGGUUCCCUUCUCUGCUUUGCCAUGUUUAUCCACCUUCUGCUGCGAACCACCAAUCGUGUGCAUUCAGCAAGCCGAGAAAAUGAGAUCAAACAUUGCUAAAAACUCACCCAUGUGUGAGGCAGAAAGGUGCCACAGAACGACUGAGAAUCAGCCCUCCAGAUGAAUCAAAUCUUGGGAUUGGGAUCCACUAUGAGAUGAGGCGUGGAAGAUUAUUCAAAAAGCAAAACAUCCCGAACCGUCCUGCUCAUCCCAGGAAACCCGAAUACUGCUGAACAUCUAAUUAGCAUGCAGAGAUAAACACUGGGGCUAAUGCCAUGAGACGUAUUUUUAACAGCCAGAAUGUACAUGUCACUAAUUUCUCAAAUUGGAUUUGAUUUUGUUGUCAUUUGCAUAUUUUUUAUUUAAAGGUCAGAGGCAGUGUAAUGAUGAACAUUAAUUACUCGGGUGGAGAGCAACAAAGCUCAAUGGAGAUUUCUAUUUUCAUUUCAGCAUCAACAGUCGGCCCGCUUGAAUGCAGCGAACUCUGAAAACGAGGAUAAUUAAACCCUCACAGAGACCGGCGUGGGUGAGACGUGUUAAUCAGUUUUCGGGGGAAUAAAUAGACGUUUAGCUUGCUGGCUAGCCUCCAAUCCUCUUCAUCCACACAGAGAGUGUCCAUGUCAGUCAGGACUGACCCACAUCUAGGGGAGGAGGCAGGACGGAGCCUCCGACCUCGGGCACUUCCACUCAGAGUCAAACAACAUCACAAGUGCAAGAUGUAAGCGCUCCUCUCCCUUUGUUUUUUUGUUUUGUUAUGUUUCUAUUCUCUUCAGUCAACUCCAAACCGUCAGCCCUGCAACUUGAAUUCCAAAAAACUCUCAAAAUUGUCGGUAAACAAAAUCAAAACCGGACUAUUUUGAGCAAAAGGCAACGGCCUGUUUAUUCAUAUCGACAUCCUCUUUUGAGAUGCAGCCCAUUAAAAAAAUAUUGACUUGUGUAGCUUUAGAGCACAAAUCAAACCCAAGUCAGCUGAAGUGUAAAGAGUUCUGCCAAUAGUGGCUAAAAAGACGAAAUAUUACGUUUAUAAAAAACUGCUCAAAUGACUAAUUCUCCGAUUGCAAAGUGACAUCUCUCAUUUAGUUUACUCUUUUGUGCACUUUUGUAUAAUUUAUGCCCACGGUAUUUCUAUUUCAAAGCUUAAAGGGAAGGUAAACCUCUGUGGUGCACAUCUUUUCGAACCAAACACAAACCUGCACAUUGACAGUUGAAAAAGGAGAAUACAUCACGAAAAGAAAGCACAGAAACCAAUUGACUGAACAAAAUUAUCAAAAAGUGGCCUUUAUGGAUUGAUUAAAAGAAAAUUCAAUAAAGGGCUAUUUCAUUUUAUUGUAUGAUAAUAAUUUUCUCUUCACACAUGGAUCCCAGUACAAGUUAAAGAUGAGAAAUGACCAAAGGAAGUGUAGAACUGCGUCACCAAAAGGCUACAGGUCUUUUUUGGAAUUAUCUUGAAUAAUGUGCAAUAGAUUCCACGAGGAUCAUUUAUUAAAGACUUAAUUUUCUUACAUAAAGAGAAAACAAGAAAUCAGCAAAGAAAAUGUUUUGAAUCUGUUUAUUUAAAAUUAGAUUAAUAAGAACCGAACAUUAACAAACUGGAAAACGUCUAAAUUAAUAACACUCUCUGAUAAAUAAUGUCCCUGGCAUAAGGGUCAGGGUUUGAUUUGGGAAGUUUAACAACCGUUAUAUAUUUCACAGCUUUUUUUUUGCUUGUUUGCCAUCAGCUGGAACAACUGGUUAAAUCACACCUGCCCACAGGCGUGAUGGCUGUCGUAGUCAAUUCAGAACCCACAGUUACACCAGUCUGGGUUUGCAGUCAUAUUUUCCCGCAAUUGUGAGUCAUUAAGCAGACCAUCGACGUUGCCUUCCACCCGUCUCUUUGUCCUGUGGCACCGUCACUGUUGACAAUCAACCCACCACAGUUAGCAGGUCUAGCUGCCGGCCCACUGUGGAGCUCUGAUCUGCCACCCAGCACAUCUAUUUCUCUCAUCACAAAUCUGGUGACUUUCACAGCUACCCAACCUCUCAUUAGGUUGACAUUAACGGACACGUGUCUGACUGCACACCUGAGUCCAUUCCAGUAUUCAGUUCAGCUGUCCGGUCCAGGACGGUGUUGUUCAGCUGUUAGUCGGGGGUCCAGCUCCGAGCUUGCAUAGCUGCAUGUAAUAAUGCUUCAGGCUCGUAGUCUCAGUAGAAGUAGUGCCUCACUUUGCUAUCCUUCCCUGCUUUAUGUUUUCUCUAAUUUCAUGUUUUGUUUAGAAUUGACUCUUGUCUUUUAGUUGGGAUUGCUUCUGAAUUGAAUUGUCUAAUAUGGUGUCUGUAACGUGGCAGAGGGAGGAGUGGCUCUUCUCUUUUCAAACUUCUCCAAGAAACUGCCUGUUUUCUUCUGCUUUUCUAAGGAAAUCUAAAGAAUUUUCCCU